UUUCCCAACAGUCUAUUUAUUUUGGGGGGGAAAUCAGAAAGCCUUACGUGUCACAAUAUGAACUUUAUCUGGUCAUUUUUCUUGUGUGUAGAAUUUACAUCGAUGUCCCUUUAAAAUUCGUCAUGUGUUGGAGAGUAGGAUGAGUCACUCAAAUGCAUCAUACGUCAUAUGGUAGCAAUUACAGUCCGCUUUCCCACUCUGAGACCCCCAAAUAUUUCACGAAAUUAGGAUUCAUUUGAAUCCGAGGAUCUCCGUGACAACGUGUGGCAAGAGGGCAGCGUCAACGAAAGCGGGUUGCUGCUGAUAUUUUAACUUCUCCCUUCGAAAUCAUCACAUUGUUUAAUGGAGGCCGUUUUGAACUGCAGACCUGAAGAUUUGGAAGAUUAUUACGCUUUAUUAGGAUGCGAUGAAUUAUCAUCGACUGAACAGAUUAUCAACGAAUACAAGAUUAGAGCCUUGGCAUGCCACCCAGACAAACACCAAGAUAACCCCAACGCAGUUGCAGAGUUUCAAAAGCUACAAGAAGCCAAAGAGGUUUUAUGCAAUGACGACAAAAGAAAAAACUAUGAUCUAUGGAAGAGAAGUGGAGUUUCUAUUCCAUUCCAUGACUGGCAAGCCUUAAAUGAUUCUGUAAAAACGUCAAUGCAUUGGGCUGUGAAAAAUAAGAAGGAACCCAUGCUGGAGGCUGCAAAUGCAGAAACACCAAUCACGCAUGCCGAGGAUCUUCAUUCUCAGCAGGAAGCACCGGGGAUGCCCUCAAGUGAAGGAAUGCUGUCCUCAAGUGAUUACUACUACCACCGCCGCUUCCGCUGGGCUGCUGACUCACCAUCUUAUUUGCUGCAGAAGUUCCGUAAUUAUGACAUUUGAAUACAGUACAGCACAUCACACCCUGUUACUUCUAGUUGCAUUGUUUAUGGACGCCAUGUCCAAGCUGUGAUGCCAUUCUGCGUGUAAAGUGGAAAUGUAGGUGUUACUGUCUAAUUCUGGGUUUGUGUUCAUGGAUCUAAAAUUCAACGUUUGCAACAUUAACAAGCAAAAUGGAUGAACAAGGAUGCUGUUACUCCUUUAGACACAAUUACAUCAAAUUGCUUUGAAUUGUUUAUGUUUGACAUAGUAUUAUGUAACUACAAAUGUUUAAUUUAUAUUUCUAUGUGCCUUGCUAUUAACUGGUGCCCAGUCCAGGAUGUCUUGCCCAAAGUCAACUAGGAUAGGCUGUAACUCACGUACUGUAUGACCCUAAUUAGUACAAGUGGUAUAGAAAAUAGAUUAAUGCAUACUUGACCUAUCAUAUUGUCAAAAGAGAUGCAGGAAUUAAAAUGUGCCAUAUUCUUUGA